GGAGCUCGGCUCCAGCCCCUGCCAGGCUAUCCUUCCCCGUUUUGGGUAAUACCUGGGCUUGCGGGUUCACCUGCGGGCGGCCGCCGGAAGUUGCGCAAACGCGGGCUACUUGAGUUCCAGGUGGGCAGGGCUGGAGGCGCGCAGGGCAGCGGCGCGGGCGCCACCAGCGGUUGCCGGCAUCCAGCUGCCAGCUUUCUGCCAGGAUCUCUGUCUCCUCAUUUCUCUAGUCUCCUCAGACUGAAGCCCUCGGGGUAUGUUACAACAAUGCCGGUGGACACGCUAACUCCGGGAGCUCCGGCUGCCCCUGCGCUACCUUUCCGCCUGCGGACCAAGGUCCCUGGCUACCUGCUACGGAGGCCUGCAGAUGGUGGAGCCCGGAAACUGAGCGCCGUGGAGCGCCUGGAAGCCGACAAGGCCAAGUAUGUCAAGAGCCUGCACGUGGCCAACACCCGUCAGGAACCCGUGCAGCCCUUGCUGUGCAAACAACCGCUCUUUAGCCCUGGGACUCGCCGCACAGUGCUCACGCCUAGCCGCAGAGCCCUGCCUGGCCCUGGCCGCCGACCCCAGCUGGACCUGGACAUCCUUAGCAGCCUCAUCGACUUGUGUGAUACUCCCGUGUCCCCUGCGGAGGCCAGCCGUACCCCCGGACGGGCAGAGGGAGCCCGCCAGGCGCCCCCAGCCACUCCUCCACGCCCACCACCCAGUACAACCGCAGUCCGCCGCGUGGAUGUCCUCCCACUGCCCGCUUCUCCUGCUAUGCCCUGCCCAUCACCCAGCACUGCUGCGGCCUCCAGCCCCAGCCGGCCACUGGGCCUACAGCGCUCUAAGUCAGACUUGAGUGAGCGUUUCUCCAGGGCAGCAGCUGACCUGGAGCGCUUUUUCAACUUCUGCGGUCUGGACCCCGAAGAGGCUCGGGGAUUGGGUGUGGCCCACCUGGCGCGGGCCAGCUCGGACAUCGUGUCCCUGGCUGGGCCUAGUGCUGGGCCAGGCAGCUCUGAAGGGGGCUGUUCCCACCGCAGUUCCGCUACUGUGGAGGAGCGGGCCCGGGAGCGUGUCCCCUAU